CAAAAGAAAAAGAAAAGCCCAAACGGCAAAUAACCGCAGCCACAGAAAAUCCCAUUGCCAGUAGCCACGGCAAGCACACUGCAGCAGUGCAGCCGCCAUGGCUCGCCCGUCGCAGCUCUACCUCCUCUCCUACAACUCCGUCCAGGCCCUCGGAUGGUUCGUCGCCUUGCUCCGCCUGCUGCCCUGCCUCGCCCCUCCCUCCUCCGUCCACUCGUCAUACGCCGUCGCCGGCGACCUCGUAUGUGCGUGUAUCCCUCCUCCGUGCCCUUCCUCGUAUGUCUUUGAUUUGGUCUCGUCUCGACGAGCGGAGGGAGUGAUGUUUUUCUUUUCCCCCUUCUUGGGGAUUCGUUUCUUGUUGUUUCAAGGCUUGCUGCAGACGUGGGCGAUUCUUGAAACGAUCCAUGCCGCCAUCGGAUUGGUGCACACGUCGCCGCUUCUUGCCUUCUUGCAGUGGGGAGGGAGGACUCACUUCGUUCUCGCUGUGGUUCGGCAAAUCCCCGAGGUUCAGAGUAGCCCUUCCGUGUUCAUAACGUUCAUGGCUUGGAGCAUAUCUGAGGUCAUCAGAUACUCACAUUAUGCUCUGACAACCUUAAAAGUUUGUCCACCAUGGCUAACAUAUCUCAGGUACACUGCCUUUAUACCGCUGUAUCCAAUUGGAGUAGGCCCAGGAGAAAUGUGGACUAUGUACCAAGCUCUCCCAUUUGUGAAGGAGAGGAAACUCUACUCUGGCUUCUUUGGGAAGUUCUCCAUGAGCUACCAUUCCUUCCUAGUGGCUGUGCUGGCAGUCUACCCGUUUCUGUGGAUGAAGCUGUACCUGCAUGUGUUCAAGCAGCGCAGGUCGAAGCUGGGGAAAUCGGGAGGCGCCAAGAAACGAGCCUGAAGAAACCAGCUCCGUCUCGAUGCUCAUACAUAGUAGUACAUGAUCCCUUUUUGAAAUUUCUCUUUGUUUAUUUAUUUACGAGAAAGCAUGUACUCAUGAUUCUGAUUAUAAUGGCUAAAACAUUAAGCGCGAUAUGAUAAUGGUAAAGCUGCUUGGUUUUUUUAUAGAGAGAAA